CCCCAAGGUGGAGCAGCACCCAUGGGUGCCGCCAACCGCCGGCACCCACCACCCUAAUCUUAUCAGCGCGGCGGGGGCACCUCCCUCGCGCCCAUUGUGGGACCCCAUGGGGACGUCCGGAUCUCCUCCCGCCCUUGGCGAUUUCGGGGUUCGGGAAUAAUUAGUCAGCGGUUAAUUAGCGGCUCGGCCCUCCCUACAAAGGCCCCGCGGGCGCCGGCACCGGCUCAGUCGCCACCGGGAUGAUGGAGCUGGGGCGAUGGGUGCUCGUCGUGGUCUGCGUGCCCGUGGUGGAGCUGGCAGCCCCCUGCCAGAACGGCGGCACCGCGGUGGGGGACGCCUGCGCUUGUCCCCCCGGCUACAACGGCACCCGCUGCGAGACCGGGGACCCCACCACCGCCUGUCACAACGGGGGGACCCCCGUGGGGACCAAGUGCUUCUGCCCACCGGGGUUCGGGGGUCCCCUUUGUGACCGGCCCGACCCCGGCACCGCCUGUAGGAACGGGGCCACCGCUUUCGGGACGGGGUGCGUGUGUCCCCCGGGGUACCGGGGGGACCUGUGCGAACACCCGGAGCCCCCCGGUUGGUGUCUGAAUGGGGGCACCUUGGUGGGGGGGGCCUGUCGCUGCCCCCCGACGGCCUGGGGACCGCGGUGUGAAUGCAGCAGCCCGGUGGUUGCCACGGUGGCCACCACUGAAGGGACAAGGAUGGUGGAUGGCGUGGCCUUCACGUUGACGGUGUAUAUCAACCCCAACGUGGAAGGUGACACCACGGCCAUGGGAGAUGGUACCGUGGCCACCACCAUGGAAAGGAACACAACGGCCAUGGGAGAUGGUACCGUGGCCACCAUGGAAAGGAACACAACGGCCAUGGGAGAUGGUACCGUGGCCACCACCACGGAAAGGAACACAACGGCCAUGGGAGAUGGUACUGUGGCCACCACCAUGGAAAGCAACACAACGGCCAUGGGAGAUGGUACCGUGGCCACCACCAUGGAAAGCAGCACAACGGCCAUGGGAGAUGGUACCGUGGCCACCACCAUGGAAAGGAACACAACGGCCAUGGGAGAUGAUACCGUGGCCACCACCAUGGAAAGCAGCACAACGGCCACGGAAAGCAGCACUGUGGCCACCACCAUGGAGAGCAGCACAAUGGCCAUGGGAGAUGGUACCGUGGCCACCACCAUGGAAAGGAACACAACGGCCAUGGGAGAUGGUACCGUGGCCACCACCAUGGAAAGCAACACAACGGCCAUGGGAGAUGGUACCGUGGCCACCACCAUGGAAAGCAGCACAACGGCCAUGGGAGAUGGUACCGUGGCCACCACCAUGGAAAGCAACACAACGGCCAUGGGAGAUGGUACCGUGGCCACCACCGUGGAAAGGAACACAACGGCCAUGGGAGAUGGUACCGCGGCCACCACCAUGGAAAGGAACACAACGGCCAUGGGAGAUGGUACCGUGGCCACCACCAUGGAAAGCAACACCAUGUCCACGCUACCAACCAUCUUAGAAGGCAACGCCACCACUACCCCUUUGGAGAACAACACCAUGGCCACAGAAAGCAGCACCGUGGCCACCAGCCUAGAAGGUGACACCACAGCCACCUUAAUGACCACCAUGGAAAGUGACACCACGGCCACGUUAUUGACCACUGUGGAGAGUGACACCACGGCCACCACCUUGGAAAUCAACACCACAGCCAUGGAAACCAACACCACACUAGUGACCACCAUGGAAACCAACACCACCAUCAUGGAAAGCACCACCAUGGCCACGCUAUUGACCACCAUGGAGAGUGACACCACAGCCACGCUAUUGACCACUAUGGAGAGAGACACCAUGGCCACCACCAUGGAAAGCAGCACCAUGGCCACACCAAUGACCACCAUGGAAACCAACACCACGCCAAUGACCACCAUGGAAACCAACGCCACGUUAGCGACCACCAUAGAAAGUGACACCACGCCAAUGACCACCAUGGAAACCAACACCACGCCAAUGACCACCAUGGAAAGCGACACCACGCCAAUGACCACCAUGGAAACCGACACCACACCAAUGACCACCAUGGAAACCGACACCAUGCCAAUAACCACCAUGGAAACCAACACCACGCCAAUGACCACCAUGGAAACCAACACCACGCCAAUGACCACCAUGGAAACCAACACCACGCCAAUGACCACCAUGGAAACCAACACCACGCCAAUAACCACCAUGGAAACCAACACCACGCCAAUGACCACCAUGGAAACCAACACCACGCCAAUGACCACCAUGGAAACCAACACCACGCCAAUGACCACCAUGGAAACCAACGCCACGUUAGCAACCACCAUGGAAAGUGACACCACGCCAAUGACCACCAUGGAAACCAACACCACGCCAAUGACCACCAUGGAAAGCGACACCACGCCAAUGACCACCAUGGAAACCAACACCACGCCAAUGACCACCAUGGAAACCAACACCACGCCAAUGACCACCAUGGAAAGUGACACCACGCCAGUGACCGCCAUGGAAACCAACACCAUGCCAAUGACCACCAUGGAAACCAACACCACGCCAAUGACCACCAUGGAAACCAACACCACGGCCACGCUAACGACCACAUCCACCAACACCUCUGCCACCCAAACACCUCAACCCAACGCCACCCAUAGUGUCCCCGUGGGUUCCACCAUGCCCUGUGCCGGGGACUGCACCAGCCCCACCACCGAGACCACAGCGGUGACGCCCCAGACCCCUCCCAACACCGUGGUGUCCACCAUGACAUCGGGUCCUGGCUCCACCACCAUCACCGCGUGGUCGUCUUCAAGCAACGGAGCCACCAGCACCGCGUUGGACGCCCUCUGUCUCUACCUCCCGCACGGAUCCAACCCUCCGGCCAUCACCUGCCGCAACGGCGGCGUCGCCAACCUGACCGAGUGUCUCUGCCCGCCCGGCUACUCCGGUCCCACGUGUGAGACGGCGGACGCCGCGGACCGGUGUGCCGGUGGCAGCACCGCCGUGGGCCACCGGUGCGUCUGCCCACCGGGGCGGUCGGGACCACGUUGUGACACCCCCGAUGAAGCCACCGCGUGUCGGAACGGAGGGACGGCCGUGGGCACUGAGUGCUACUGUCCCCGUGGGUUUUAUGGUCUACGGUGCGAGUUCCACCACACCACGGUUGUCCCCAUGGUUGGAGAGGCCAUCAUAACCCAAGUGACACCCACAACCCAAGUGACACCCACAGUGCAAGCGACACCCACAACCCAAGCGACACCCACAACCCAAGCGACACCCGCCCAACCUACGUGGGGCAGAGUUACACCCAGGAGAAUCACCACCACGCCCGUCCCCACCACUGCAGACCCCUGCCAGAACGGGGGGCACUGGACGGGGACGGGUUGUCUGUGCCCCCCCAAUGUGGAUGGAGCCCGUUGUCAAUUUGGGGCGUCAACCAUCGACAUCACGGCAGAGCUUGGCCCCUCCGUGAUGCUGCUGGCACGUGUCACCAACCGGGACUUCUCCGAGGACAUGAGGGACAGCUCGUCCACCGCCUACCGCAGCUUUGUGGAUGAGUUCAGCCGCACGAUGGACCGGGUCUACCACAAUGUUUCUGGCUACCGUGGCACCCGGGUCCUGACCCUGAGAAGAGGCAGCGUGGUGGUCACCUACAAAGUCCUUCUACACCCACCAACUGGAGACCCCAACCUCGACCACCGAGCCCUGGAGCUGCUGGAAGCUGCCAACACCGCAACCCAGCCCCACAACUGCAGCCGCUCAUCCGGUAGGUCCCAAGUGACCCACUGCUGGUCCAGCGCUGCUCCAGAAGGACUCUGCUUCAGCACCUCCCCCCCCAGAUCCACCCGCGCCGAGGCGCCGGCGCUCAACGCCACGGGUGAGCGCGGUUGGUGGGGACGCCGCGGGGGGCGGGACGGGGGUCGGGUCUCAGCCAACCGGUGGUUGUCUUCUCCAGAGCUCUGCAGGAAGUACGCGCCGGCCAACUUCAGCCGGUACUACUACCCCUACCGCACCCCGAACAGCUUCCUGUGCGUCACCAACUGCACCCUCAACGUCCCCGGCUCCAUCGACUGCAACAGCGGGUUCUGCCGGGUGACGCUGGAGGGACCGCGCUGCUUCUGCCCGGACGUGCCGUGGUACCUGACAUCGGGGGGUCGCUGCCAGACCCACAUCAGCAAACUGGGGCUGGGACUGGGUGUGGGGCUGGGGCUGGGACUGACCCUCCUCAUCCUCCUCAUCCUCUGCAUCGUCCUCACCCUCCGCUUGACCAAAGGGAAGAGGGAACCCCCUGAUUCCAGCGACGACGGCAGCUGGACAGACGGACGGCGCAAAGCCCACGUCACCGGCAUCUACCACGUGAACGGCAGGGGGUCCGCGGCCCGGAAAGGUGACCCCUAUGGGGGGGCUGGGGGGGGACCCACAAAACCUUAGCGAGGAGACCCCCCCCCAACCCGACCCUCACCCUGUUCCCCCUCCAGGUCCCAUAAG